GUGGAUGGACUUAAAAAUGAGUAUAAAAGCCUACUAGCUUCAAGCAAAAGUCCAAUUCAAAAAUUUGACGCAUUCCGGGAAAACUCGCAACGAAAUCGCUAUCGUGACGUUAUUUGCUUGGAUGCAACACGAGUACAACUAACCCAUGAUGUUCCACCAGCAACAGAUUAUAUCCACGCAAACUGGGUGAAAUUCGAUAAGUUCGAUCGGGUAUACAUUUUGACACAGGCUCCUCUCACGAACACUAUCGGCGACUUCUGGCGGAUGGUGGUGCAAUGUCAAAGUCCCAGUAUCGUGAAUUUGACUCAGGAUAUUGAAAACGAAAAUCUGAAAUGUGUGAUGUAUUGGCCACAGCAUGCUGGAAGUUUUAAUACGUAUGAUAAAAUCUUCGUCAAUACAAAAAGGGUCAGUUGUUCAACCUGGACCUUUGAAGGCUGUUCUCUUAUAUUCGGAGAGCGCUUCUCGAAAGCAUUCCGGAGAUGCAGCAAGUUCGCACAACUCCCGUACUGGUUUCCAAUUUAA